AGGUCACAUGAUCAUAAUGAGAAAGGUUUACUCUUCUCCUUUGUAAGUCGCUUUGGAUAAAAGAGUCUGCUAAAUAAUUUAAUCUAGGCUAAGAAUUUCUGUUGUGGUCAUGGUUACAGAGAGUCGAUGUCAACAUACUGAAACUGGAAAAACAAGAAUAGAGCUUUUUCUUCCUCGUAUAGACUGUAAAUCUGUGAAGUGUAGCCUAUGACACUGAAGCGUGUGUGUAAAGGUUCAAAAUGAAAUAAAUGUUUGCUGAAGGCGUGCAAUUUACGUCGCUUAAUCCGUUACGAAACCGUAGCCUAAGAAGAUCUGGAUGAUUCGCUUUCACAAUGAAAGAGUGCCUAUUGUUAGUUUUAUUACUGGUGUCUAAUAUUACAUUAUCUUCAGGUUUUCUGGAUGUGUUCGCGGCUGCUGCAUCUUAUGUCAUCCACAGUUUUUUUAAACCGGACGGCUUACUGCCUUUUGACCCUAAAGGUUUGGAGAAAGAUUUAAGAGACUCUCUCAUUGGGCAGCACAUCGCGUCUGAUGUUGUACUAAAAGCUGUAACAUCAUUUAUGACUGACAGCAAACCAAACAAACCGCUGGUUCUGUCUUUCCACGGGACUACAGGAGUUGGGAAAAAUCAUGUUGCUAAAAUCAUCGCAAGAAACAUUUAUGAACAAGGGGAAAACAGCAAACAUGUUCACUUGUAUAUAUCUGAGCAUCAUUUCCCACACAAAGAAAAGUCAGACUUGUACAGCGCACAGCUAAAGCAGUGGAUUUCUGCGAGUGUAUCAAGUUUUCCCCUCUCUAUGUUCAUAUUUGAUGAAAUGGACAAGAUGCAGCCAAAGCUGAUUGACAGCAUAAAACCUUUUCUGAAGUCCAAUGUCCGGGUAGACGGAGUUUCAUUCCACAAUGCAAUAUUCAUUUUCCUUAGUAAUGCAGGUGGGAAUGUGAUUGCUGAAGUGGCUCUGGAUUCCUGGAGAGAAGGCAUAUGUCGGGAAGAGCUAUGGAUGAACAGCAAGGAGAUGGAGACUAAAAUCUUUCAAAGAAUUUUCAAUGAUAAGAACAGUGGAUUUCAUCACUCCAGUCUCAUAGAUCAUCAUCUGGUUGAUCACUAUAUUCCUUUCCUACCUCUAAUGUUGAAGCAUGUGCGUCAGUGCGUCAUGGCUGAGAUGGUCCAUCUGAACAUGACUGAAGACUUUGAUCUGGCAGAUAAAGUGGCCAGAGAAAUGCCCUUCUUCCCUGAAAGGGAGAAAAUAUUUUCAGUUAAAGGCUGUCGAUCUGUCAGACAGAAGUUGGUGCUGUAUAGAUGAACAAUUUUAGCAACAUUAGUUGUCCAAUUUAUUGUCUUAACUUUUAAACACACAAUUGAGGCUGCCCAUAUUCAAUUAAAUACGUCUAGAGGAAUGUACAUGUCAAAAAUUCCAUUGAGUUCUUUCACAAGUUUAUGCUAUUUAUUUUGAUUGAAGGCGUUUCUCAUUGAUCCAGAACAUCAAAAUGUUCUUUCUUGCAGCAAAAGUUAAAAUACUGAAAAGUCUCUUGUUUAUUCAAAAUACUAUCAGCGGGCAGACCUAAUGAACAAGGAUCAACAUCUACUGUAUAUUCAUCCCAGGAUAUUGCCAAUGUGGUCUGCAAUUUUCUUCCUAUGACAAGACCAUACAAUAAAUAUUAUUACCAA